AUGGAGUAUGCCGGGACUCAGCUCUCUUGGCCCCAGAGCGAAGCGAGACAGGCCGUCGACGAUCGUGACGCGGAAGCCGAGGCUGAGGCCAACAAGCAGCGCAGGAAAGUCCAGAACCGGCAGAAUCAAAGAGCACACCGACUACGGCUCAAGGGCAGAGACUCGGGGAAUGUUCAGGAGUCGCGCCCAUUCCGGGUCAGGCGCUGGCGCCUCGACGAGCCCGACCAUAUUCCUUCCCAAGGAAUCUCGCUAGCAUCAGAGCGCGCAACAACCACGUCCUUCUCCCUUCUCCCGCCUCACACCCCCCCCCUAAAUUUGGACCCCCAGCCCUUUACUUUUCCCUUGUCCUCGGACCACCUCCUCCAUCUCAUUCAGUAUAACGUCUUCCGCGCCUUAAUCUCUAAUAUGCGUACCCUCAACACCCUACCCGCCCACUCGACCAUCUGCACCAUGGCCUCGCCCUGCCGUGACGACACGGCCCUCUACCCCCUCGAGCGCGACAUCCCUCCCUCCCUCAUCCCGACCGCCCUCCAGCAAACUCGCUACCACUCUACCUGGAUUAACGUCAUCCCCUUUCCGCGCGUCCGCGACAACCUUAUCAGAUACGACGGCCGCUUCGACUCCUGGGAGCUGAUGCAGGACCUCGUCGGUGAACUAUUGAACUCGACGCCAGCCUCGCGACGACGGGACGCGCCCGUUUCUGCCAACAUUCCCGAGACUCAACGGCCCCUGACCCUUUCAUCCGGAAGUGAUCCGGAUGAAGUGACCACCGGGCGUAAGGGGCUCAUUGUCUGGGGCGAGCCGCACGAGAUGAAGAGUUGGGAGGCCACGCCCGGUUUUCUCGCGAAAUGGGCAUGGGUUGCCGAGGGCUGCGAUGAGUUGGUGGAAAUAAGCAACCACUGGAGGAUGAAAAGGGGAGAGGAACCUAUGCGACUCGCGAUGUCGAGGAGCUAUCCGCCACCACCGCUCUCGCACGCAGCGUCAAGUGGAGGAUAG